AUGCAACUCUCUGCCCUCAUCUUCUCAGCUGGCCUCAUGGCUUGUGGUAGCGUCCUCGGCGCUCCCGGCGCUGUUGCGGGGCGUUCUCCCGUCGCUGAGUCCAUCGCCAACGCCACCGCACUCGGCGUUGACGUGUACGGCCAAAUUCCCGCGGAUGCCGUCCGAGUCUCAGACGGCUCCCACACCGCCGAGCCAGGCUCACAGGCUUGGGCUUGGAUCCGUGCCCAAAUCGACCUCCCCAACACCCUCGAGACCCGAAACGAGAUCGAGAACAGGGCCGCCCUCGAGAAGCGCCAGGCCGCCAACAUUGGCAUCGGCAUGUUUUCUCAAGACUGGUGUAAGUCUCACUUCGAUACGGGUCAAGGAAAGGCCGCUUGGUUCGACAACGCGGGCUACAACAUCCACCACAUCAGCCACGACAACAUGUUCAGCGUCGGCAUCAGCUAUCGCGGACUCCGCAGCAACGAGCAGCUUGACUUCAGCAAGUUUGCCAACAACGACCUGUGCGGAAAUACGUCUUCACCGCUGGACAAAACACCCCGGCUCAUCAACUGCUUCCAUCUUUUCCAGAGAUAG